CUUUUUCCAAAACCGUCUCAUGUUUGACAUGAUGAUGAUGAGGUCCAACCAAAACUAGUUCAAACCAGUAACAACAAAGUUCCAUCCGAUCCGUACCCGCUCCAGACCUCUAAAUUUGAGUAUCGAACACAACUUCUUCUGGUAGUGCCGCCAUUCGUUGUUUCAUUCCAAGCUCAGCUCUUUCUUUUUCAUUUUGCUUAUUUUCAAGAUAUGGGUAAGCUUAAUUCUUCUUUAUUUCUUCGCUCUAUUGUUAAUGGUGGAAAGAAUCUUUAUAAUUUUCACUCUUCUAUUUCUUAUUCUUUUAAAACCCUUGCUACCCACAUCGAUGCUUUGAGUAAGAACUCCAUGUCUGUGAGGGGAAAGCGAAAAAAGUAUGAUAGCUUUGAUAAUGUUGAUGAUGCUUUCACUUUAUUUAAUAAGAUGAUUGAGAAGCACCCAAAGCCUUCCAUUGUGGAAUUCACUCAAUUAUUAGGAGCCAUUGUUAGAAUGAAACGUUAUGCCACUGUUGUUUUUAUGUGUAGCCAGAUGGAAUUAUUAGGAGUUCCCCAUAAUGUUUAUUCUUUGAGCAUCUUGAUUAAUUGCUUUUGUCAAUUAGGUCAUAUUGAUUUUGGGUUUUCUGUUUUGGGGAAAAUGCUGAAGUUAGGGGUUGAGCCUAGUGUUGUAACUUUGUCCACUUUGAUUAAUGGGCUUUGUAGGCAAAAUAAGAUUUCUCAGGCUGUGCAAUUGUUUGAUGAAAUGGUUGAAAAAGGUUAUCAACUUAAUUUAAUUGUUUACAGUACAAUACUUAAUGGGUUGUGUAAAACCGGGUCCGGGAAUACUGAUCGAGCUGUUAGGUUUCUAAGAAUGAUGGAAGAAAGAGGUUUUGAACCCAAUAUUGUAGCAUUUAACACUGUCAUUGACUGUCUUUGUAAGAAGGGAUCACUAAAUGAGGCUCUUGAUCUUUUCUCUCAUGUGACGGUUAAGGGCAUUAGACCAAAUACCAUUACCUACAAUUGCUUAAUUCAUGCUAUGUGUAAUUCGGGCCAGCAGAGGGAGGCAACAAGGUUUUUGAAUGAAAUGGUGGAUAACAAUAUUUCACUUAAUAUUGUCACGUAUAAUAUAUUGAUCAAUGCACAUUGCAAGGAUGGGAUGAUUGUUGAUGCUGUAAAUAUUGUUGGCACAAUGAGAAAGCGAGGCAUUGAGCCUGAUGUUAUCACGUAUAAUAUAUUGGUUGAUGCGCAUUGCAGAGAAGGGAUGGUUUCUGAAGCUGAAAAUAUUGUUGACACAAUGAGAAAGCAAGGCAUUGAGCCAAAUGUUGUUACCUAUAAUACAUUAAUAAAAGACCAUUGCUUGCGAGAUAGAAUGGACGAAGCUAGAGAAGUAUUACAGUUGAUGAUUGAGAAGGGUUGUGCACCUGAUAUACGUAGUUACAACAUCAUGAUCAACGGAUAUUGCAAAGCUGAAAGGUUUGAUGAAGCAAUGGAACUCUUUCAUGAAAUAUCUCGAAAAGGACCAGUCCCAGAUACUGUCACAUACAACACUCUUAUGCAAGGUAUGUGUAAAUUAGGGAGAGUUUUAACUGCAUAUGAACUUUUCAGAAAGAUGAUUGCUUCUAGACAAUUUCCAGAUAUAGUGACCUUUCAUAUUUUGCUGGAUGGUUUAUGCAAAAGAGGUAAACUCGAAGAGGCAUUGAAACUUUUUCAAGCAAUGUGGAACAGCGAGUUGGAACUCAGUAUUGUCUGUUAUAAUAUACUAAUUGAUGGCUUGUGCAAAGCUGGGCAUAUUGAAGUUGGAAAGGAAUUGUUUCAUAAACUCUCGGUGAAUGGUUUAAAGCCCGAUGUUUACACAUAUGCUAUAAUGGUUAAUGGAUUUUGCAAUGAGGGAUUGGCAGAUGAAGCAUACCAGUUAUUUAGGAGCAUGGGAGAUAAUGAUUGUUUGCCUAAUAGCUGUUGUUAUAAUGUAAUGAUCCAAGGAUUUCUUCGAAACAGCUAUACCUUAAAGGCAACACAACUUCUUACGGAAAUGGUCAGUAAGGGCUUUUCUGCAGAUUUAUGCACUGCUACCUUGUUUUUGGAUCUGAUCUUACGAUCUGAUAAAUCAAUAUUGAUCUGAAUUGUUCCACAGAUAGUGUAAAGAUCGUCACUUGUGAAUUUGAAUAAAUUUGUUCGUAGCCAACUUGGACUGUUGUGAUAAGUUAAAAGUUUUGGAAAGUACAAUGAGUGUUAAGAUCUAUUUUCAGUUUAGCCGAUGUACUGUAAACAUGUUUCACUUUUCACCAGUGAUCUUUUUGAGUAGAAUUUCUUCUCAAACCUCUCAAGUGAAAAUGUUGCUGCUGGUAACGUUGAAAACCUAAAAAUCAGGGGGAAAAUUGUGGAGACUCUAUUCUAUCUGCAGCUGUAAUCUGUACCUCCACCUUUCUUCAUUGGGAUGGUUGUUUUCUGCUUACUGGAGCCUGUAUUCAGCACCAAUGAGAAUAUUGUGGGAAAAUCCUCAACACUUCAACGCUUCACUCAAAAGUUCCAAAAAACUUAACACUUCACCUGCCAAAAGCUGGAGCAGUUGGCUGGUCUCAAUCAGCAACUCCAGCAGGUUAAGCUUAUUUGCUGCCAGUCUGCCAAGGAUGUUACAUGUGGUCUCCUGCCAAAGUCUCCCUCAGCCGCAUCCAGCAUCAUAUUGGACGGAUAUACUUUCUGCUGUAGGUGGUAUUAUGUGGGUCAGUGAAUGGACAGCUCUGCAGAAUCCUGUUGCUCAGCAGUUUUAGCUACUCUUUACAGUGAUUACAUGCUUGCGUCUUAGACUGCAAAGAUAACCCGUCAGGAUGAUUCAUUCAAACCAUGGUCCAUCAGAUCUUAGAAAUUUUGCCGAAUGACAGUAACUUGCAAUAUGUUGCAUCACAGAGAGGAGCUUCAAUUCCAGGUGGUGCAGCAGCUGCUUGCACUGAUGGCUUCAAGUUUCUUAAUUUAGCUAAAUCCAAUCCUAACGUAGCUCUUGGAGGCCUUGUGUAUAGGCCUUUCCUUAAUGAAACAUACAUGUAAAUCUUUCACCUAAAGGUACAAGCAACCAUAGUGCAUAUUGUUGGUUUAUUUGAAGCUGUAUAAAAAGUAAAAACCAUGUUUUUCCUGCAAAUUUUAGUUUAAGUAGUUUGUUCUACACAGGUGAACUCCAGUGCGGCUCACCUGCACCAAGGAAGAAGUAAUGUGGCUAGAACUUGGGUACUUUGAAGAGUAAAGUUGUUAAGUUCAUUAAUUCAUUUUUGGCUUCAUGUAAAACAAUUGCUUUGAGUUUGGUUGUAUGGUUUAGGGAUACAGGAAUGACUGCAUUUUUUUUCAAUGAACACUAAUUGCUUGUUGGAAUUUAACUAUGGAUAAGACAUACGCAUUU